UAAUAGAUUAAUAGUAAUCAGUAUUCAGUAAUCACACUCUCAUUGUUCAUUGAGCGCAUAAACUCUUUGCAAAUAACUCGUUUCAAGUUUCCAACGCGCCCCUUUUUGUAACUGAAUUUGCACUCCGACUGUUUGUUUAAUGGUUUGAGCACAUCGGCGUCUCGUUCAGGGGAAAUGGUCCGAGCUUCGAAUCUUCUUUUUGUUAAAGAAAUAGUUGUUUGUCUCUCUUUCGAAGGUUUGAUGGCAUUUUGCAGACUGAUUUGUUUUUGGGGGACAGGAAAAUGAGAAAGAAAUAAGCAUUUUCCCCUUUAGGUUUGUAUUAUGAGACAUUUCUUCUGCAUUAAUUGAGGUCUUCAUUGUAAAGGUGGAGUCUUUAUGAGUUGGAAUCUUCAGCUUUGAUGCGCUCUUGAUUUUUAUGAAUUGGUUUUUUUACAGAUUUGUUGCUUUUUUGCCGCAUUUUGCUCAGAUAGUCAGAUGUUGUAAAUUUGGGUUUUUUUUGGAGGCAGUUGGAUCCAGAUUUGAGAGUAAAUCUGGAAUUAGGUUGCAUUGUGCAGAAAUGGCUUGUGUGAAGCUGGGAUCCAAAACUGAUGCUUUUCAGAGGCAAGGACAGGCUUGGUUUUGCACAAGUGGUCUUCCAAGUGACGUGGUUGUCGAAGUUGAGGAAAUGUCGUUCCAUCUUCACAAGUUUCCAUUGCUUUCAAGAAGUGGGGUUAUGGAACGCCUCGUUGAGGAGGCAUCCCAAGGAGAGGAAGGCUGUGUUAUUAAGCUUGACAUUCCCGGCGGAGCGAAGACGUUCGAAACAGUAGCCAAAUUUUGCUAUGGAGCCAAGCUUGAACUCACUGCUGCAAACGUUGUGUAUCUCCGCUGUGCAGCUGAGUAUCUUGAAAUGACCGAAGAGUAUGGCGAGGGGAACCUUAUCUCUCGAACAGAGAGCUUCCUCGAUCAGGUGGUUCUUGAAACCUGGAACGAUUCUUUGCAGGCGCUACAGGCCUGUGACGAUAUCCUCUCCCAUGCUGAGCAACUCGGUAUCCCAAGACGAUGCAUUGACUCUUUGGCUUCCAAGCCGUGCGCGGAUCGAAAAUUGUUGGGAUGGCCCGUGAUGGAGCAUGGGGACCCGUUGCAGAGCCCUGCGGGGAGCUUAUUGUGGAACGGGAUAAGCACCGGUGCUCAACCGAAUAGCUCGAGUUCGGAAGAUUGGUGGUAUGAUGAUGCAUCUGUUUUAAGUUUUGCACUCUACAAAAGGUUGAUUCUGGCCAUGCAGUCUCAGGGUGUGAAGCCGGAAAUCAUUGCCGGCUCCCUCAAUUCGUACGCGAAAAAGUACCUACCGGGGUUACACUGGAGUCGUGGCCCCACCGCGCCGAGAAACCAUCAGGUGGGAUCGCUGUCGGAGGAGGAUCAGAAGCUUCUCGUUGAAGAGAUCGAUUACUUGCUUCCGUUGGAGAAGGGCCUCGUCCCAUCAAAGUUCCUCUUCGGUUUGCUCAAAACAGCCAGGAUUCUUCGAGCAAGCCCCUUGUGUGUGUCGAAUCUCGAGAAACGGAUAGGGUUGCAGCUCGAUCAGGCGGCGCUCGAGGAUCUCCUGAUGCCAACCCUCAUGUACUCGAUGGAGACGCUGUACGAUGUUGACUGUGUGUCACGUAUUCUUGAUCAUUUCUUGGCUAUGGAUCAGGUUGCAGCCUCCCCAGGCUCAUUCGACGAAGGCCAGCUGUUGCUCACGCCUAUGACGAUGGUCGCCAAACUCAUCGAUGGCUACCUCGCUGAGGUUGCUCCGGAUGUCAAUCUGAAGCCCCCCAAGUUUGAGGCUCUGGCUGCGGCCGUCCCCGAGUAUGCUCGGCCGUUGGACGAUGGGCUUUAUCGCUCGAUCGACAUCUAUCUGAAGUCGCAUCCAUGGCUGGCAGAUGCCGACAGGGACCACCUAUGCCGGCUGAUCGACUGCCAGAAGCUCUCGCUGGAAGCUUGCACACACGCAGCUCAGAACGAGCGGCUGCCGCUGAGAACGAUCAUCCAAGUUCUCUUCUUCGAGCAGCUGCAGCUGAGGACUUCGGUGGCCGGCUGCAUGCUCGUGUCGGACAACCUUGACAUCUCGGGACAGGCGCCGGAUGAGGAGGGCUGGACAACGAAGGCCGUGAGGGAGAAGCACGCGCUGAAGGAGAAUAUGGAUAACAUGAGAAGUCGGGUGUCGGAGCUGGAGGAGGAGUGCUGGAAGAUGAGGGAGGAGAUAAGGAACUUGGGCCGUACGAAGAGAUUGAGCAUUUGGGGGAAUGUGGCGAAGAAGCUGGGCUUCAAGUUCCAGAUGUGCAGCGCGGAAGAGGGGUCUGUUUGCAAUCAGAAGGAGGGAAAUGACAAUUCUAAGCUAAGGAAUGACAAGGAGAAGAAGAUACCAACUUCUAAUGUUUAAGUUUGUGUAUAUUUUGUAUAGUAUUUUGCUAGGCCUCAUUUAAUUUUUCUAAAUUGUAGCCGAAGUAAAAAACCGAAUGCUCACCUAGGAGAAUUAUCUACUUUGGUAGAGGGGGUUUGGCCUAGCCCGUGGUACCAUUCUUUGUUAUAUACCCAAAUUAAGAUUAUUCAUUGCUGUACUUGCAAUUAUUUAUAUGAAUUAACAUUAUUUUUAUAAGAUUUCA